CUCACUAAUUACCCAAGUGCAAUCAUCAAAAUCCAUCUCCAUCCCCCCCCCCGGCAGCAGAAGGCAUGAAUCGGGGCCUCUGCUCUUUCCUGCGUCAGCCACCUCCUGGCCGCCGCCUGCUGCCGAACUUCUGCUUCACCCCUUGGUCUCGAACCAACGGGAAUGUUUCAAAUCGGUUGCAUACGAAUUGGAAGUUGGGAAGGAGAUACUCGAGUACUAUCGGUUUGCAAAAGAGCGGAUUUAUAGACGUGGCGCCAGGGGAGGGUUUGUUGUUUUUUGAUAAUGUCUACCCCCUCAAAACGGCAAUCUACGACAUCCGCUACCUAAUGAUGCGCUACGACAAGCAAUCCAUAGAAUCGCGCAUCCGGGCGCAAUACAUUCCGGAGGGCCUCCUCAACUCGGAAUUCACUAUAACGGAAAUAGUGCCAAGAUUGAAAGAGGGAGGUGCAUUCGUCAAGUUCCGCUCACGGAACGUGGAAGAGACGGAAGCCAUCAUCGCGGAUUUCCUCAGAGAAAAGAAAUUGAAGCCUUGGUUCUCGCCGUUCAAGCGGGUUAGGGCAUUCAUUGUAAGGGGGAAACCGUGGUUAGAAGACUUGUAUAGGUUUCCGAGCACGAGGUUGAAGGUGGAGUUUAUUGGUGGUGAGGGGAGUCUUAGCCAGGAGGCUAUAUAUGCACUUUUUAGGCGGUACGGGAGGAUUAUCGACAUACUCCCUCAACCGCCGGGAUCGAAGGAAUUACCAAAGUUUACGAUUGUGCAGUACCUCCGUACGCGUAGUGCUACUGCAGCAAGGAAUUGUCUGCACGGGUACACGAUCCCAGGAACGGAGGCUGUUCUUGGAAAGGAGCCUGGUGUGACGUUAAGGGUUCUGUACGAGAGGGCUAUCAAGACUAAUUGGAUAAAGGAUUGGCUGUUCAAUCAUCCGAGAAUUGUGAUCCCGCUGGUAGCAGCGUUCGUAGCAACAUUCACCGUCGCCAUAUUCGACCCUGUAAGGACUUGGUUCAUCAAAGCCAAGAUCACCGGAGCCUUGAAUAUUAGCGAUAACACAUACUAUAAUUGGUUGAAGAGACAUACUAUCGGGAUGUUGCCUAUCGGAGCCAAGCACACGGACAUGGAUGAUUUAUGGGCGGUCUGGGAUGAGCGCAAGGAACAAGUCGAGCAAUUAAAGGCAUGGCUGUCAGAAACAGUGGAGACGUUCAUCGUCGUGCAGGGCCCCCGAGGGUCCGGGAAGAAGGACCUGGUGGUCGACACCGUGCUAGCGCAUAGGGAGAAUGUCCUCAUCAUCGAUUGUGAGCCCAUCGAUGAGACGCACGGGGACAGUGCAGCUAUCGCUGCGGUCGCGGCGCAGGUUGGGUAUCGGCCUGUAUUCUCAUGGUUGAACACUAUCAGCAGCUUGUUGGAUCUGGCAGCGCAAGGGACUAUUGGGAGUUCAGCAGGGUUCAGUCAGACUCUGGAAACUCAGUUUAAUAAGAUUUUGCAGAACACCGGAACGGCGCUUAAGGUAGUGGCGCUUCGAGAUAAAGGUACCGACAAUAAGGACCAAGGACUCAGCGACGACGAGUACCUCAGCGCACACCCCGAAAAGCGUCCCGUAAUAGUAAUAGAUAAUUUCCUGCAUAUGGAGGGCAAUAGCAUAAUCUACGAGCGUCUCGCAGACUGGGCAGCACUCCUCGUCUCGGCGAACAUAGCCCACGUAAUAUUCCUAACCAACGAUACCUCCUUCAGUAAAUCGCUUGCGAAAUCCCUGCCUGACCGCGUCUUCCGCUCAAUCCUGCUGGGCGACGCUCAGCCAGAUUCCGCAAAGCGCUUCGUGCUAAAGCACAUCGACAACCAACUCGACGGCGCCGCCAAUGAAAAGGCCCGUGCGGAGCUCGACGACAGCAUCCAAGCCCUGGGUGGCCGCCUAACAGACCUAGAGUUUCUCUCUCGCCGCAUCAAAACCGGUGAGACGCCGAAGCAAGCUGUCGGCGCAAUUAUCGAAACCUCGGCGCAAGAGAUCCUCAAGCUUUACCUCCUCGAGGAAGCCGGCCGUGGCAAGCGCACCUGGGCCACCGAGCAAGCCUGGUACCUCGUCAAGACGCUCGCGGAGAAGGGUGAAGUCGCCUACCACCACGUACUCGUCCACGACCUGUUCAAGUUCGCUGGCGAAGAUGCGCUGCAGAACCUAGAACAGGCCGAGCUUGUCACCAUCGUCACGAGGAAUGGACGGCCCUGGUGCAUCAAGCCCGGGCGCCCUGUGUUCCAGGCUGCCUUCGGGCGCCUUAUGGCGGACCGCGUGCUGUGUGCCCGCAUGGACUUUUUGAGCCUCGCUUCGCUAAUUAAGGUCGAGACGGCAGCCAUCCAGAAGGCUGGCGAGGAACUCGAGAAGAUUGCUGGGCUGCCGAAUCGGCCGAAGGAGAGGAUGAGAUUCCUGCUCGCUAAGAUCGCUGAGGCGCAGGGGAAAAUUGACAAGUAUGAGGAGGGGAUGAAAAAGUUGAAGGCGGUGCUUAAGGAGGAAUAUUGACUUGGCUAAGGCGGUGCGGUACGGUUUUUUGUGCACUUCCUGCAUUACUAAUGGGAACACGAGCAUGUAAAUGGAAGUUUAGCCUAGACACCGCUUCGUGCGAAAUCUAGCGAAGGGUACAAACACCCUAUCGCACUCCA